GAAGACAUUCCAGCAGCUGCAUAUCUUCUAUUACUGAUUUUUUAUUCCUGCGAAUCUCUGUGAAGACAAGUUAUGUCAACAGCUACUUUAAUUAAUUUGGUACGAAACGGAGGAUAUCAAGUUAGGAGGAGAGCUGUGCUGACGUCCCGCCUCUUGCAAGACGAGAAGCGUCCGACAGCCGCUUGCUACAGCUCCACCUCCGAGCGCCGUGCUUCCCGCUUCGAUUCAGAUGGGAGCGGGCGACCUACCACAUGGGACACCUUUGGCAUCUGGGAUAAUCGCAUUGAUGAACCUAUUCUCCUCCCACCAAGCAUAAAGUAUGGGAAGCCGAUUCCAAAAGUCAGCCUGGCCAAUGUGGGCUGCGCUAGUCAUAUCGGGAAGCGUAAGGAAAAUGAAGACCGGUUUGAUUAUGCCCAGCUGACGGAGGAUGUCCUAUACUUUGCAGUAUAUGAUGGACAUGGUGGGGCAGCAGCAGCAGACUUCUGUGAUAAGUACAUGGAAAAAUAUAUUAAAGAAUUUCUUGCUCAGGAAGAGAACUUGGAAAAUGUUUUGAACAAAGCAUUUCUAGAAAUAAACAACGCAUAUGAGAGGCAUGCUCAUCUGUCUGCUGAUGCAACUCUGAUGAACUCUGGGACCACUGCAACAGUGGCUCUGCUCCGGGACGGUAUUGAGCUGGUUGUGGCAAGUGUGGGAGACAGUCGUGCUCUGCUGUGUCGAAAGGGAAAGGCCAUGAAACUCACCAUUGACCAUACUCCAGAAAGAAAGGAGGAGAAGGAAAGGAUUAGGAAGUGCGGUGGCUUCGUUGCCUGGAACAGUUUGGGACAACCUCAUGUGAAUGGUAGACUUGCAAUGACACGGAGCAUAGGAGAUUUGGAUCUUAAAAACAGUGGUGUGAUAGCCCAGCCAGAAACAAAAAGGGUUCAGCUGCAUCAUGCAGACGACAGCUUCUUGGUCCUUACUACAGACGGUAUUAACUUCAUGGUGAACAGCCAAGAGAUCUGUGACUUCAUUAACCAGUGCCAUGAUCCUGCUGAAGCUGCCCACGUUGUUACUGAGCAGGCAAUGCAAUUCGGCACUGAAGACAACAGCACAGUUGUCAUAGUGCCAUUUGGAGCAUGGGGAAAGUACAAAAACGGUGAGAUCAACUUCUCCUUCAGCCGCAGUUUUGCUUCCAGCGGGAGGUGGGCGUGA